AUGGGUAUCAAAGGUCUCAACGCUAUCAUAUCCGAGCAUGUUCCCUCAGCUGUUCGCAAGCUCGAAAUCAAGACUUUUUUCGGUCGUAAAGUAGCUAUUGAUGCGUCGAUGUCGCUUUACCAGUUUUUGAUUGCUGUGAGACAACAAGAUGGAGUUCAAUUGGCUAGUGAAUCGGGCGAAACCACAUCCCACUUGAUGGGCAUUUUCUAUAGGACUUUGAGAAUGAUUGAUAACGGUAUAAAACCUUGCUACGUUUUUGAUGGGAAACCACCUAUCUUAAAAUCGCACGAAUUGGACAAAAGAAGUGCCAGAAGAGCUACCACGGAGGAGAAACUUAAGGAAGCAGUAGAAGAGGCUGAGAAACAGAAACAAGAGCGUAGAUUGGUGAAAGUAACGCCAGAACACAACGAAGAAGCCAAAAAAUUACUGCGAUUGAUGGGUUUACCUUAUGUAAAUGCACCUUGCGAAGCAGAAGCGCAAUGUGCGGAAUUGGCCAAAGCGGGGAAAGUAUAUGCAGCUGCCAGUGAGGAUAUGGACACGCUGUGCUAUCGUUCUCCAUUUUUGCUGCGUCAUUUGACGUUCUCAGAGGCGAAAAAGGAACCCAUUCACGAGAUCAAUGUAGAAAUUUUGUUGGAGGGACUUGAUCUGACCAUCGAACAGUUCAUCGACCUGGGAAUCAUGCUUGGAUGUGACUACUGCGAGAGCAUUCGCGGUGUGGGCCCUGUGACCGCUCUCAAAUUGAUCAAAGAACACAAGACGUUGGAAAACAUUGUUACUUAUAUCGAAUCCGGAGAAGCCAAUAACAAGUGGAAGGUACCCGAAAACUGGCCCUUCCGCGAAGCACGCGAGCUGUUUUUGAAUCCGGAUGUUGUCAAAGGCUCAGAUGUGGAUUUAAAAUGGGUAGAGCCCCAGGAGGAAGCUUUGAUCGAGUUUAUGUGCAAAGAAAAGGGUUUCAAUGAGGAACGUAUUCGUUCUGGUAUCAAACGCCUGCAAAAGGGACUUAAGACCGGUGUCCAGGGCAGACUUGAUGGAUUUUUCAAAGUCAAACCCAAGACCAAAGAACAAUUGGUUGCAGCCAAUGCCAAGGCCAAGACUGCCAAUACCAAGACCAAGGGCAAGAUUAUGAAGCCUGGAAGACCCAAGAAAUAG